AUGAAGCUCUAUCCGGAUAUUCUGGCCAUGGCCGCUAUUUUCGCUAGCAAUGUCGUUGCUUUCGAUCCUUCGAUUUUCAAUACCAGCGACCCUAAACCAUGGGGCUUCUUCGUGGACAACAUCAUCUACAAGCCCACUGGCAAUGAGUCCAUGACGUACCCUCGCUAUACUGAAUUGGAUGAUGGGACUAUCAUUGCAACUACAUGGCUUCUAGGUCACACACCUGGUUACCAGCCCAUCUUCGAGUCGAAGGAUGGCGGCGCUACAUGGAAGCACAUUUCCAAUUUGAACAGCAUCGAUGGUUUGGGCAUAAAUAAUCAGCCUGCCCUAACGGUAUUGACGGAGGCCAUGGGGGGUUACGCGGCUGGCACUAUCUUGGCCAGCGGUAACGUUUGGGGUAAAAACUUCAGCAGAAUUGACCUAUACGCUAGCAGAGACACGGCAAGGACUUGGGAGUUUGUGAGUCACAUUGCCCAGGGUCAAGAGCCCGGCUCACAAAAGGCAAUCUGGGAGCCAUAUCUUCUGCAAUACAAAGGCGAAUUGAUAGCCUACUACUCGGAUGAACGUGACCCCAAUCACAGCCAAAAGCUUUCUCAUCAAGUGUCUUCCGAUCUGAAGACGUGGGGCCCUGUUGUUGACGACGUAGCUUACGAUGAGGUCGCUGAUCGUAGUGGUAUGACGGUCGUGACAUAUAUUCCACCCAUCAAAAAGUGGAUUCUUGUACACGAACAGGGCUUUGGAAAGACGGUCUUUGGUGUCAAUUACCCCGUCUACUACGUUCUGGCCGACUCUCCUGUAGAAUUUGGCGACAACGUUGGCCAGCCUAUCGUCAUUGAUGAUCGUGCGCCCGGGUCCAGUCCGUAUGUGGUCUGGAGCUCUCAUGGAGGCCCCAAUGGCACCAUCGUGGUCUCUGAUGCGUCAGACAGCCAGGUGUUCACCAAUACGCACGGCGGCGCUGUAGACAAAUGGGAGAAGCAUGCUACGCCUGCUGCAGUGGUAUAUUCGCGUGCCAUCCAGAUCUUGAAGAACAGGCCGGAGCACCUGUUGAUUUAUGGUGGAGAAAGGUAUAGUACUUUCACCCAGGGAAGUGGCCUUCCGUUUUCGGCGACUGUAGUCAAUCUGACAGAGGCGCCUACGCGCUCUAGAAAUAAGGAAGUCAAAAAGAAACGGAGGGGCAGACCACCAGGAAGUCGCAAUUCCGCUGUCGGCUCGAAGCCAACGCCAAAGCCCGGUACAGCAAAGAAGAGGAAACCUUCAGCCAAACAGCAGCCACAAGAAGCCGAAGAUGAGCUAUCCCUAAUCGAACCAGCUCCAUCAAACCAACCAAAACCUCGCAAGCGCAAAGCUGACGACACUGCCGCUGCCGCCGCUGAGCCAGAAGCCCAGUCACGCAAGGAAUAUCUACGGCUCGAGGCAAAAUCAAGGAGAAUCACACGCGACCAAGUCGACAAAUGGCCAGAAAUAUCACCUCAGGUCUUGGAGCAGAUCCUUGCCGUGGUGCGCAAUGCGAAGAAGGACACAGCUGAGACACAGCGGGACGAGCGGAAGGUCAUGGCUGCAUACAACACGCUCAACCCACUUGUACGAAGACUAUCACGCCAACUCGCCGAGUCGCGGAUCCCUCCUCAAGCCAAAGACAUACACUUCAACAUCGAUAAGCUGACGGAGCGCAAUGCCCAAGUAUCGCGAGAGGUCACUACUGCGCGACACUCGAAGCAACUGCUCAGUGAGCAGAUCAAGAUCGCCGAGCACUUGCUUAGCAAGGACGAAGAAUACCUGGAGUUGAUGAAGAAGAACGCAAAGACGUGGAGGACUGAGUGGAAACACCAGCGGAAGCAUGGACGCCUCCACCCCUUGCUCCAACCCGGUGACGAGGUCACUACUGAUGGCGACGGCCCUGAGGAUAUUGGUUUGAAACCACAAAGCACAGUAGAUCUUUCGUCCCUCGACUCGCCCGACUCCGACCUCGGUCCGGUGCUUGAACAAUUGAAGCGCAGCCUAAAGAACAUGCAGAGCAAUCAUACCCAAGUAGAGGGCCUCGAUACGGCAAUAGGCAAUGCACAAGCUGCGCUAGAUGAUGUCCUGUUUCGGCAUGCCAAUGCUGCACAGUAUGCCAACUUGUGA